AUGCCGAACACGGCGAUCAUCUCUCAGACCAGCCUCGAACAAGGCCAGCAACAAAUGUAUGAAACAGUAAAGCAGCCCAAAGCGCCUGACCAGAAGAAAUCCAAACGCCGCAAGUGCACGUACGCCGCUCGACGGGAGAAAGCCCAUGAACUUCGCGAGGAGCUUCGAUCAGCCGAAGAGUCCGGACUGGACGUUCAUAUGAAGCAGCCUCAAGAAGAAAACGAAAAAAUGAGUAAAAACAUUCGUGCCCAACAUCUUCAAGUUGCUAAGUUGCAAUCUGUCGUGAGCCAGUGCCCAAGGUCUCAGCAUUCACACCCACUCUACACUCAUAUUUGCCUGCCAAAGGAAUGGCAUCAACGCCGUGCGAAACUCAUUUCGAUCCGAGAGGCUAAACUACGCUACGCGUACGAUUCUGUCAUGGAUCCGAACCGCUACGUUGACAUCGACAAGACAACCUACUCGGACGAGCUCUUUGAGUCACCAGAAGGAGAUUUCUGCGGUAUACGCUUUGAGACCGUGCAGUUCCCUGGCGUCAAGUCUCUCCAGCAAGUCUAUGAUGCGGCCUUAUACUACCUCACGAACAUGGAGAUCAGCAUCACGGAGCGACUGGGACACAUUACAGUCAGAGACGACUACGAGACUAUUGACGGUAGUGUGUACAACGCUCGGGUGUUGUCGACCGUCCACAGCAACGUCACAAUGGAAACGAGCUCGCUUUUGUUCCCGAAGAUGGACCCCGAAGGGAAGUACGGCAUCGUAGUCCUCGAUUCUAUCGAUGAGGACGAACUCUAUCCGUACAAUCCCGCCAAACGGGUGCGAAAAGAUGUGUCUGCUACUGCUGUAUUUACUGCAAGGAAUAAACCAUCGGAGAACGGAGGCGAAGACGAAUUCAUCGUGACAAUGAGAGGUUCGGCUUUCUUGAAGAUUCACAGACCCCAAUUCGAUAUCCGGGAGGAUAUCCAGCAAGAGAUGGCAACAAACAUUAUGGCGUGGGGUGAUGUCAUGGUCAAGUCAAUCCGGAGUAUUGUAUAUGGGGGUUGCUAAGGUCCGUGCACUCCGUAGCUUCCCACUCAUAAGCUUCCUUCUGCAACUGAGAAAAAACUUUU